AUCACACACGACCUUCCCCAGCAACGUCACCGCCUCCUAUCUGUGUAAUUUAGCCCGAAUAGCGGACCGACGCUCAGGAUUGAGCGAUAUCGGCGCUGAACUCUGGCCGAUAGGUGCUUCUUCCGUCCUGUGUCAGAGAACCGGGUCGUCCCCGCGGCUCCGCCAUGUCUCCUCGGCGGCUCUGAGCGGACCCCGGAAGCGGACAAAGGAGAUGCUUCCCCCGAGCGCUGAACCUGUUCCCUCCGGUCCGACACAAAGCCUGUAAAGCAGGCCGUGGUUCUCCUCUCCAGUCUCCGGCGGAUGAUGCUUAAACAUGUCGGGGAAUCAUUUCAAAGGCCACGAAGUCAGCUGCUGCAUCAAAUACUUUAUUUUUGGCUUCAACAUCCUGUUCUGGCUGCUGGGCAUGGCCUUGGUGGGGAUCGGACUGUGGGCUUGGAGUGAGAAGGGGGUUCUGUCCAACAUCUCAUCCAUCACCGACCUGGGGGGGCUGGACCCCGUGUGGCUCUUCAUGGUGGUGGGAGGGGUCAUGUUCAUCCUGGGCUUCGCCGGCUGCAUCGGAGCUCUUCGGGAAAACACGUUUUUGCUUAAGUUUUUCUCCGUGUUCCUGGGAAUCAUCUUUUUCCUGGAGUUGACGACAGGGGUCCUGGCCUUUGUUUUUAAGGACUGGAUUAAGGACCAACUUAACCUGUUCAUCAACAACAACAUCCGGGCUUAUAGGGACGACAUCGACCUACAGAACCUCAUCGAUUUCACUCAGGAAUAUUGGGAGUGCUGCGGUGCGUUUGGAGCCGACGACUGGAACCUGAACAUCUACUUUAACUGUACUGAUGGGAACCCCAGUCGGGAGAAGUGUGGCGUUCCCUUCUCCUGCUGCACCAAGGACCCAGCGGAGGAUGUGAUCAACACCCAGUGUGGAUACGACAUCAGAGCCAAACCAGACUCGGAGCAGAAGGACUACAUCAACGUUAAAGGCUGCGUCCCCCAGUUCGAGAAGUGGCUCCAGGACAACCUCACCUUGGUGGCGGGGAUCUUCAUCGGCGUGGCUUUGUUGCAGAUUUUUGGGAUUUGUCUGGCCCAGAACUUAGUGAGCGACAUCGAGGCCGUGAGGGCGAGCUGGGUGCCCCCCCCUCUGUCCAUGCGCCGACCCCCACCAUACACCUGCAAGAAAUCAUCGGCUUACUACUCAUGAGACAGUCAUGCACGCCAUUUUCUUCACUUAGUUCUGGAGCAGCUUCCCUCUAACAGCACCAGUUUGGAACAUGGUCCCCUGUGAGCACCGUCUGAGAACGUCACCAGUCACCCCCCUACUUUCCUACACUGAACCAGCACUCUUUUUUUUGUUUCUAAAGGCACUAAAUAUGUGGAAGGUUUUGUAAAUAACCACUGUGCAACUACUCAACAAAGAUGGCGGACAAGAUUAAGAUGACUGCAGUGUUCUACUUUUGAUAGCUGCAUCUAGUGGCUCUAUAGUUUGUUUUUUCAUUCGGCUCUCGGAGAAAACCGAAAUAAAGAUAAAUAAGCAUCUGAGACGACGACGUGCUGAAUAGAAGCAAUGCAGUAUUAAAAGAAGAGACUGUUCCGAUCGUUGCUACCGACCCAGAACAGUGGAUCGAUUCACACAUGAAGUUUUUUUGCUUUACUAAUGCAGUAAAUAUCCGCAAAUGAAGCGUCACAUUUGAUCAUGAUGAGGAAUGUCAAUUUUUCCACAUGCAAACCUGCAGUGGGUUUGGAAAAGAUGUUUACUUAUUAAAGGGAGAAAAUGUGCUUCCUAAACCUUGGCUUUCAUGCCAACCUUUAGAUCAGACAUCCUGCAGUUCCAAUGAAUUGCUUUAGGGGCAGUGUUGCUUUGAG